CAACUCCAUCGAUUCAUAGAUCGUCGAAACUCGAGAGCGGGAGGAGUGAGUGAGUGAGGAUCGAAUCGAAGAUGCCGAUCGAGAUGCCGAAGGGCCUGCCAUUAUCGGUGGACACAUGGACGCCCAAUUCCCAGGAUAAGAGGUAUCAUUUCCUAACCCAUGCGCACAAGGACCAUACACAGGGCAUUAUUGCCCACGCCUCUUAUCCCAUUUACUCCACUCUCCUCACCAAAACUCUUACUCUCCAAUACUAUCCGCAGCUUGAUGAAUCGAUGUUUGUUGGCAUUGAGGUUGGGCAAUCGUUGAUCAUUGAGGAUCAGGAUGGAGAUUUUGUUGUAACUGCUUUUGAUGCCAAUCAUUGCCCAGGAGCUGUGAUGUUCUUGUUUGAAGGGAAUUUUGGCAAUAUUUUGCACACUGGAGACUGCAGAUUAACCCCCGAGUGUUUGCAAAGUUUACCGGGUAAGUACAUUGGGAAGAAAGGAAAGGCACCAAUAUGUCCACUUGAUUGCAUAUUUUUAGAUUGCACAUUCGGUCAAUUUCCAUUAAGGAUGCCCAGCAGACAUAUGGCAACUCAGCAGGUUAUUAAUUGUGUAUGGAACCAUCCUAAUGCUAGCACGGUAUAUUUGACAUGUGAUCUUCUGGGUCACGAAGGUAUACUUGUAGAAGUCUCACGCACAUUUGGUGAGAAGAUAUAUGUUGAUAAAUCCAAGCAUUUAGAAUGCUUUAAAUCUCUCGAAAUUCUAGUUCCGGAUAUCAUAUCACAAGACCCAUCUUCCCGUUUCCAGUUACUUGAUGGAUUCCCCAAACUAUAUGAAAGAGCUGAAGCAAUGAUAUUGAAAGCACGUGCAGAUUCUCAGCAUGAACCUCUUAUUAUACGCCCUUCUUCACAGUGGUAUGCUUGUGACAAAGUGGUUUCGGUCAUGGAAAAGCAGAAUAAAGAAAGGUUUGAUCAGGCUGUUAGAGAUUUUUAUGGUGUUUGGCAUGUCUGCUAUUCAAUACACUCAUCUCAAGAUGAAUUAGAGUGGGCUUUGCAACUUCUUGUGCCAAAAUGGGUGGUGUCAACAACGCCUAGCUGCAGGGCAAUGGAGUUGAGUUACGUUAAGAAGCAUUGUUUCAAUAAUGAACAAGUUUAUAGUGACUCUCUUCAGAGAAUUAUGGGCAUCAGUCCUGUAGCAUCUACACACAUAGACAAAAUUGUAAAAAGUUUAAGCUGCUCAAAUGCAGUGGAUACUCUUCCAAUUAGAUCUAUUGAAACCCAAUCUGAACCGAUUGUCAUAUCCACACACCAGAGAAAAAGGUUGAGUUUAUCUCCCCCUUGCAGGAGACCUGCAAUUACAUUAUUUGGAAGAGCGAGGGUUGGUCUUCCUGAUUCUAGCAUCCACUAUGAACAGAAAGAAGUACCCAUAACAAGUUACUCCAUGGAGAAAACAUUAAUUGGAACAGAAGAUGCAUGUCUUGAGAACAAUGAUGCCAAUGAAGUGAAAGUAGAAGAUUUACUGGAAACGGAGAGAAAGUCUGAUUUUACUGAACCAGAAUGCACUUCUACAGACACAGAUACAGAAGCUCUCAGUGUGGCUGCUAUCUCUCCUAUUAGGUGGUCGAAUAGCUACAAUGAAAAUUUAAGACGGUUUUACAGGUCUAUGAAUGUGCCUGUACCUCAACGUCUUCCCUCCCUUGUAGAGCUGAUGGGUGCCAGAAAAUCUGCAAAGAAGUUGUGAUUAAUGGUAUUCCCAGGGAUCUUCUUUGGGCUAUCUAUAGUUAUGCUAACUGUGCUUUGGUGCUUGUGAAGAUUAUCUUCUCUUUCCGAUGAUUCAAGCUUUAGUUGUGGAUGUGCUUAUUUGGGAUCAGUCUCAGUCAACAAGGCAGAGUCAGCUGCAGUGCUUUUAGUAAGGUAUCCGUGGUGCCACGCGGAAUGCAGCAUGGCUUUAAAAAACUUUUACAUCAGCUGCUACUCUCGAGUGCGCUCCGACAGAACUUAAUAAUUGGUCCGGCAAGACAAAUCACAUUAGGCGAAUCAUGUGUGACAUACAAGAUUUGGAGGCGUCGGAGGUCUGAGAAGCUUUUGUCAAAGAUAUACACCCAUAUUGCUAAAGAUAUGGCUA